UUCAGCGGGAGUCUACAGACGGAAUAGCUGCUUUUCUCUGGACCUGUCCUCUGCUUCAGAACCGAACCUAACGGGAUGUGGCAGUCAGCUUGUCUUUGUGUGGUCCUGCUGUCCCGCUGCGUGUCCGGUUUGUACCCGGUGGCCUACAAUGUCUCCUGGAAGUCCACCAACUUCAAGACGGUCCUGAGCUGGGAGCCCAGACCGUCAGCCGAGUACUCGUACAGCGUGGAGUUCUCUCAGGUUGGAGGGGACAAACAGAGAAACCAUCACUGCACCCGGUCCAGCUCCACCGUCUGUGACCUGUCUGCCUUUCUGACUGACCUGUCGGCCUGCUACACGGCAGACGUCCUGUCUGAACCCCCCCUGGGGGCCACGUCAGACCUCGUUGAGUUCCCCCACACCAGCUCCUCGUCCUUCUGUCCCUACAGAGACACUGACAUCAGCCAGCCGGACUUUGUGAUGAAGGUGGGCGAGGAUCAGAGGACGGUCCUUCUGUACGUGACCGACCCGGUCACAGCGCUGUUCAAAGAUGGCCGCCAGCUGAGCAUCAGGGACGUGUUCGCUGAGCAGCUGCAGUACAGAGUCACCUACAGGAAGAACAAGAGCUCCGGGAAGAAAGUCCUGGACUCUGGGAGUAGCGUGAUCGAGCUGACGGGUCUGGACCCAGGGGAGAGUUACUGCUUCAGCGUCCAGGUCUUCCUCCCAAACCGAGAGGGCAAGCAGCUGGGAGACAUGAGCCAGACUCGGUGCUCCUCAACCGACUCGUCCAUCACCAAAGAGUAUUCUCUGGGCGUGGUUGCCGGUGGCGUCCUCCUGGCUGUCCUGGUGACGGGGCUGAUGAUUGGACUCACGGUGAUCUGCUGCAGGCGCAGGAGGAGGAAGGCCGUCCCACUGCGGGGUGUAUAAAGGGUUCCUAUGGGACUGACUCGUUUAGUUUCUGUGAAACGGUUUAAAACACUGACAUGAGUUAGAUUAAAUCAGUUCAUUUAAUGAUUCUCUCCUGCUGAGUGGUACGAUGACUUUAUGCUCUUAACUUUAUUUAAAUGGUGUAGGAUAAUA